AUGGCUUCCUCCCACGAGCCCGAGAGGCCGCACUUAUCUGAGCAUGGAGCAUGGCCCUCAGCAUCUGCAAAUAGCUUUCGCCAGCAGUAUCUGGCUCCUGCAGAUGCUUUACACACUCACACCUCGCCCGACUGUAACCCUGCAGCAGCCAUUGCCUCCGCCUCCACAGACGAUAUUCCCGCUUCCUCCAUUUCCAACGGCGAAAUACUCGCAACACCUGAAGCAGAACCUUUCUCAAGCGAUGACAAGACCGCUGUACCCUCUCCUGCCGACUCACAGCCUGAAGCCGUACCUACUACCGUAUUCGCCGCACCCGCCGAACCCACACCAGUCCUCAGAGAAAGUCAAUUGAUAGAAAACGAAAAAGAUGACGAGGUUGAAGACUUGACAACCAUCAAGACUGCCGCAUCAGAUAAGCCGGUUGGUCGCCCAGGCAUGCAAAAGAGGACAUCGAGUCGAAUGACGGAGGAUGAUCUUUUCAAAGCAUUAAGCCGGAGAAAGACAAACCAAAGCAAUCGACAGGGCUCGUACAUGACCGAAGAUGAAGCGAGCGCGACAGGUGAAGAGCAGGCCGAGAUUGAGAAACUCAUGUCACGUAUGUUUGGGAAGGAUCGGCAAGCACAUUCGGAGGAUGAAAAGACCAGACAUGUUGGAUUGGUAUUCAGGAACCUGACCGUCAAAGGAAUGGGGCUGGGUGCUGCAUUGCAGCCAACCUUGGGCGAUCCGUUCCUUGCAUUCCCGAGAAAAUUAGCGGCUCUUUUCACUGGAGGACCAAAAAAGGUCGCGGGGAAGCCACCAAUCAGGACCAUCUUGAAUGAUUUCACCGGGUGUGUACGGCCUGGCGAAAUGCUACUGGUACUUGGGCGUCCGGGCUCUGGCUGCUCGACGUUCCUGAAAGUAUUGGCAAAUCAAAGAUUCGGAUACGAGAGCAUUGACGGAGAUGUCACAUACGGCGGGACGGAUGCGAAGACUAUGGGCAAACAUUAUCGUGGGGAAGUCCUAUACAACCCCGAGGAUGAUCUGCACUAUGCUACAUUGUCGGUCAAACGUACACUGGAGUUCGCCUUGAAGACCCGAACGCCCGGGAAAGCAUCUCGCAACGAAGGCGAAAGUCGAGCCGACUACGUCAAGGAGUUUCUCCGUGUGGUAUCGAAGCUAUUCUGGAUCGAGCAUACUAUGAAUACCAAAGUAGGCGACGAAUUUGUACGAGGUGUCUCGGGAGGAGAGAAAAAGCGUGUCAGUAUCGCUGAAGCCAUGAUCACCAAGGCCAGCACGCAAUGUUGGGAUAAUUCCACCAGAGGACUCGAUGCUAGCACUGCCCUCGAAUACGUGCAGUCUUUGCGCUCGCUGACCAAUAUGGCCCACAUCUCUACAUCUGUAGCGCUUUAUCAAGCCGGCGAGAGUUUGUACGAUCUGUUCGACAAGGUAGUCCUGAUGGACGAAGGCAAAUGCCUAUACUAUGGACCGACUGAAGAGGCUGCUACUUACUUCGAGAACCUUGGCUUCCGUCGACCACAGCGCUGGACGACCGCUGACUUCCUCACAUCCGUCACCGAUCCCCACGAACGUCAAAUACGAGAAGGGUAUGAAAAUCGCAUCCCGCGAUCAACGGAGCAAUUCGAAAUUGCUUACAAAAGAAGUCCAAUAUUUGAGGCUAAUGUCCGCGACAUUGAGUCAUUCGAACAACAGGCAGAACAGCAGAGGCAACAGCGCCUGGCGGCUGCAACGAAAGCCACAAAGGAAAAGAACUACACGCUUCCAUACCACAAGCAGGUUUGGGCUUGCACUCAUCGCCAAUUCCUAGUCAUGUAUGGAGACAAGCAAUCUCUUGCAGGCAAAUGGGGUGGUAUCCUCUUUCAAGCUCUUAUUGUCGGUUCCCUAUUCUUCGAUAUGCCCAAGACUUCUUCCGGGGUCUUCGAGCGCGGAGGUGUGAUGUUCUUCAUGUUGCUCUUCAAUGCAUUGCUUGCUCUAGCGGAGUUGACGUCGGCCUUCUCGAGCCGACCCAUUCUGCUGAAGCAUAAAAGCUUCUCAUUCUACCGGCCGUCGGCUUUCGCUAUCGCUCAAACGGUCGUCGAUAUUCCACUCGUGCUCAUCCAAGUCACUAUAUUCGAUCUUGUGGUAUACUUCAUGUCGAACCUAUCGAGGACACCUUCGCAAUUCUUUAUCAGCUUGCUCAUCCUCUGGGUCAUCACAAUGACGAUGUACUCAUUCUUCCGAUCCUUGGGGGCUCUAUGCAAGUCUUUGGAUACCGCGACUCGCUUGACUGGUGUCGCGAUUCAAGCACUCGUUGUCUACACUGGUUAUUUGAUUCCACCACAGAAGAUGCAUCCUUGGUUUAAAUGGCUUAUUUGGGUCGACCCUAUCCAGUAUGGUUUCGAAGCCUUGAUGUCUAACGAAUUUCACGGUUUGGAAAUACAGUGCGCGCCGCCAUACAUAGUUCCCGAAGGCCCAGGCGCGACUACUCAAUACCAGUCCUGCCUCCUUCCAGGAAGUCGACCUGGGUCGACCACCGUCAGUGGAGCAGAUUAUAUCCAGACUGCAUUUACCUACAAGAGAGACCAUCUCUGGCGUGACUUUGGUAUUAUCGCAGGAUUUUGGAUCUUUUUCGUUGUGCUUACCAUGAUUGGUAUGGAGCUACAGAAGCCAAACGCAGGCGGAGGUGCCGUAACCAUCUUCAAACGUGGCCAAGUCCCAAAAUCUGUCGCGCAGGCUAUGGAUAAGGGCAGUAUACCUGAGGACGAGGAGAAACAACUCGCCACUGCAGGGGACGAGAAAUUUGCAGAAGGUUCGACGAGCUCGGAUUCCGAACUUGUCAAAGGUGUUGCCAAGAACGACUCGAUCUUCACGUUUACUAACGUCAAUUAUACGAUACCGUAUGAAAAGGGCGAAAGGAAACUACUGAACGAUGUUCAAGGCUUCGUGAGGCCAGGCAGACUGACGGCGCUCAUGGGCUCUUCGGGUGCCGGAAAGACAACGCUCCUCAAUACGCUAGCCCAGAGGAUCAACUUUGGCGUCGUGACUGGGGAUUUUUUGGUCGAUGGAAGGCCUUUACCGAAAUCCUUCCAAAGAGCUACUGGCUUCGCUGAGCAGAUGGAUGUCCACGAACCUACCGCCACCAUCCGAGAGGCGCUGCGAUUUUCGGCACUUUUGAGACAGCCGAAGGAGGUACCAACGGAAGAAAAAUAUGAGUAUUGUGAACGGAUCAUCGACCUUCUUGAGAUGAGAAAUAUUGCUGGGGCUACGAUUGGCAAGACAGGUGCAGGAUUGAACCAAGAGCAGCGAAAACGAGUGACCAUUGGUGUUGAGCUUGCUAGCAAACCGGAGCUCCUCAUGUUCCUGGAUGAGCCUACGUCAGGCCUUGACUCUGGAGCGGCUUUUAAUAUUAUCCGCUUCCUUCGCAAGCUAGCAGAUAGUGGUCAGGCGUUGCUUGUCACCAUCCAUCAACCUUCCAGCGUGCUCUUCGAAUACUUUGACGAGCUAAUCCUACUGAAGACUGGCGGUAACCUGGUCUAUCACGGAGAGCUCGGCAAAGAUUCCCGUCAGUUGAUCGAUUACUUCGAACGCAACGGCGCCCACAAGUGUCCCCCUCGCGCCAAUCCUGCCGAAUACAUGCUCGAAUCCAUUGGCGCUGGUGAUCCUACGUACAAGGGUAAAGACUGGGGUGAGGUUUGGGCUUCAUCACCUGAACAUGACGAGCGUACCAAGGAAAUCCAGUCGAUGAUCAGCUCUCGACGAAACGCCUCCGUAGGAGAAAAGACUAGAGAUGAUCGCGAAUACGCUAUGCCGCUCGGCACACAAGUCUACACUGUCGUACAUCGCUGUUUCGUUAACUAUUGGCGAGAUCCGGAUUACAUGAUUGGAAAGUUCAUGCUGCACAUUGUCACCGGUCUUUUCAAUAGCUUCACAUUCUACCACAUCGGAAAUGAGACAAUCGACAUGCAAUCGCGACUCUUCUCUAUCUUCAUGACUCUCACCAUCUCGCCACCUCUGAUACAGCAGUUACAACCCAAGUAUCUGCACUUCCGCAGCAUUUACAAGUCUCGCGAGGCGAACUCGAAGAUCUACUCCUGGUUCGCGCUCAUCUGUGGUGUCACACUAGUUGAGAUACCGUAUUCCAUCGUCGCCGGAACCAUCUACUUCAAUUGCUGGUGGUGGCCCGCCGUCGGCCGUGGCGCAAGCAAGUUCGACAGCGCAUACACGUGGAUGUUGCUCAUGCUCUUCGAGCUCUUCUACGUUGGCUUUGGUCAAGCGAUCGCUUCAUUCUCGCCGAAUGAGUUGCUGGCGUCCAUUCUCGUGCCCGUCUUCUUCCUCUUCGUCGUCUCCUUCUGCGGUAUUGUUGUGCCAUACGUCGCCAUACCCCACUUUUGGCAAUCCUGGAUGUAUCAAUUGACACCGUUCCACUAUCUCCUGGAAGGCUUCCUCUCCGUCGCUACACACGGCCGGCCCGUCAUUUGUUCCUCCACCGAGUUUGCUCGCUUCGCUCCUCCGCCAGGCCAAACAUGCCAAUCCUACAGCGCCUCCUUCAUUGCCCAAGCUGGUGGCUAUGUGCAGAACGGCACCAAUGGGCUCUGCGAGUUCUGUCAAUACGCUACGGGGGAUGAGUUCGCAGCGGGUUUCAAUGUCUACUACAGCCACAAGUGGUUGGAUUACGGGGUCUUCUGGGCUUUUUGCGUCUUCAACUUCAUUGUGGUGUUCAUCUGCUCCUGGCUUUACCUUGGAGGAAUGAAGAAGGUUAGGGUGGCACUGAGUCCAGCUGCGAGAAAGCAGAGGAAAGAAGCGCAGGUGCACAACGAGAAGGCAUGA